AUGGGGACCCUGGAGACCCUUCUGCUCUGCACCCUGCUCCUGUCGCCGGCUGAGGCCCAGCAGGGGCGUCAUCUGAAGCCAUGGCUGGUGGGUCUGGCUGCUGUCGUGGGGUUCCUGUUCAUCGUCUUCAUCCUCAUGCUGGCCAACCGUAUCUGGUGCUCCAAAGAGAGAGCUGAGGAUGAAGAGGGGUCUGCAUUCAGAAGGGAUCCCCACUUGUACGAGGAAGUGGACCUGAGUAAAGAAAACAAGAAGGGGAAGAAAGAGGAGGAGAAAAAGGCCAAGAAGGAAGGAGAGAGCAACUUGGGGCUGGAGCUGGAGGAGAAAGAGGAGCUCAGAGACCAGGAGCAAGUCAAGAACACGGCCAUGUGA